UAAUUUAACAUAGAGAAAGGGAAAGGUCGCCAAAAGUACGGACCAACCUCUUUUAGGGUUCCUUCCCCCCAAAUCCCCACGAAAUUGAGAGGCGAUCCCCGCCAAAAAAAAAAAACCCCAAAAUUCGCGAAAAGCCAUGGGAGGCCACGGUGCCAUAGAGGUGGCCAAGACGGUUCUGGAGGUUGCCGAUGUGGCCUGGACCGCCAUGGAAUGCCGCCACCACCACCAGACGAGCCACGAGCAGGAGGGCGCGCCCGAGAGCAAGUGCGCGUCUUCGGAGGACGAAUUGGACGCUUUGCGAUCGGAGAAUCGGCGCCUUAGGAACUUGCUCGAGCAGAAUCUGAAGCUCCUUCAGGACCUCUCCCAAUCCCCGUGUUUAUUCAACGAUUGCCCCCCCGAUUUGUAUGUUCGGCUUGUGGCAACGGUGGAUUCUGAACACUUCUUGACUCGGCUCAAAUCUCUCCAGCAGGCUUCAGCCAACGGAACUAGCUAUGAGUUUCCUUUCAAGGAGGCUACAGGUGAUGAUUUGCAUUCGGCUGAAAUUCUAAUAAAAGUUGACAAUGAAGAACCCAGCUGGUGGGUAUGGGUCACAGAUGAAAUGGUGCCAGGCAAUGUUGAAGAAUGGAGCGGAAUUGAUAAUGAAAAUUAUAUAGUUGUUAGUGAGGAGCAUGUGGUGGAUGGGGUUGCGAACUUUAUGGCUAGAUGCAUUAUGUCAAACUCAAAAGCUAGGAAUUUGACACCGGAAGAGCUGCAAAAAACUUUGGGGAAAGCAUUAGGUGAUGUCAGCAAACUCGAGAAGAUGUUAAAUAUUUGGCAUGCUGGGAAACUGUUUUAUGCCCUGUCCACGUGGGGACUUGCUCUGGCAGGGUUGUAUAGGGGUCGUGCGGUACUGAAACUUGCCGCAAUGGGUGUUCACUCAACCAGCAAAGUUGUUCUCAGGGCUCUCUGAAGAAGGCUAUUAUACAGCUCUACUUAUUGCUGUCUUGGCUGUGUACAGACCAAGAAAACUUUGUGAUUCUUGUACAAAGUUGUAAAUAACAUUUGGCUUUGGACACUGUUCUUCACCUGCAAUGACUGAUUGUAUUUAUUGAUUUCAUUAUAAUGAUAACUAUUCAUUGGGAAGUUAUGUUAUAUUUU